AUGCGCCUCUGCCUGGACAUCCUGACCAGAACUAUCCUGAAGGAGCAGCGCCCGAGUUCAGCCUGUCUCAUGCACACGAUAGCACAGCCCCCUGCCUGCUGGCUGAGGCAUUUUGGGAAAAAUAAGAGUCACUCGAACACCACCACUGUGAAACCACAGCAGGCCCGCGAUGCCUGUGGGGGGCCAGGGCUGCUGAGCCCCAUCUGUGCCCAGCUUCCUGAUGCCAGCCUGGCAUCAGGCUCCGUGACCUGUCAGAUUCGUCAGAAUUAUUCCACCGAGGUGGAGGCUGCCGUCAACCGCUUGGUGAACCUGCACUUGCAGGCCUCCUACACCUACCUCUCUCUGGGCUACUAUUUCGACCGCGACGAUGUGGCUUUGGCAGGCGUGGGCCAUUUCUUCCAUGAGCUGGCCAAGGAGAAACGUGAGGGUGCCGAGGAUCUCCUGAAAAUGCAAAACCAGCGCCGCGGCCGCACACUCUUCCAGGACGUGCAGAAGCCUUCUGAGGAUGAGUGGGGUACGACCCUGGAUGCUAUGGAAGUGGCCCUGACCCUGGAGAAAAGCCUGAACCAAGCUCUUCUGGAUCUUCAUGCCUUGGGCUCUGCCAAGACAGACCCCCAUGUCUGUGAUUUUCUGCAGACAUAAUUUUUAAAAUAAUUC